UGUCUUUGUGAGGGGAGAGAGGGCUUUCCUCUGAGGUGGGUGUCAUCAAAUCCACACAGUGAGGAGUCUCAGGUGCUGCCAGAAGUCAGCACUGAUUCCCCAUUGCCAGCCCUACUGACCACACUCCUGCCUACUGAGUCAUCACUAGAGUUGUGAUGUCUAAGCUUCAGAAGAGCUCACGAUGCUCACAGGCUCAACACCUUCAGACCCACAGUAAGGUCCAAAGCCUGGAGAUUGCACAGGUCUCCAAGGCCCUGCAGGAGACCUCCUUCUCCUCCCAUCCUCUAAUGCCUGCUAGUUGGAAGGAAACUCCUGAUGCUGGUAUGGCCAGUAUUCCUGAGGGUCCUCAGAGUGUCUGUUUCUCUGGCACUGCCUCCAUGGUCACCUCAUCAAACAAGUCGGAGGAGGGCUUCACUAGCCAAGAAGAGUAUGUAAGCACCUCACAGGCUGAGCCAGCCCCUCAGAAUGUGCCCAUAGAUGCUCUUGAGGAGAAAGUGGCAAUGCUGGUGAAUUUCAUGCUGUUCAAGUAUCAAAUGAAAGAGUCAAUAACCAAGGAAGAAAUUUUGAAGAUGGUCAUCAAGGGAUAUGAAAACCGCUUCACUGAGAUCCUGCUGAGAGCUAUGGAGCGCAUGGAGAUGAUCUUUGGCCUUGACAUGCAGGAAGUGGAUCCCAUCAACCACCGCUAUGUCCUGCUCAUCAAAUUGGGCCUCACCUAUGAUGGGAUGAUGAGUGGUGAAGAGGGCGUGCCCAAGACCGGCAUCCUGAUUCUCAUCCUGGGUGUGAUCUUCAUGAAGGGUAACCGUGCCACUGAAGAAGAAGUUUGGGAAGUUCUGAAUUUGACCGGCGUUUACCCUGGAGUGAGGCACUUCAUCUUUGGGGAGCCCAGACAGCUCAUCACUGAAGAUUUUGUGAAGGAAAAUUACCUGGUGUACCAGCAGGUGGCCAACAAUGUUCCUGCAAAAUUUGAAUUCCUGUGGGGCCCACGAGCUCAUGCAGAAACCACCAAGAUGAAAGUCCUGGAAUUUGUGGCCAAGGUUCAUGGGACUGACCCAAGUUCUUUCCCUUCUCAAUAUGAGGAGGCCUUGCAGGAUGAAGAAAAGAGAACCUGAGGUAGAACUUCAGCCAGGGCAGCUUCUCUGUGGCCACUGCUGUCUCUAGUGCCAAGUGUUAAGAGCAUCAUCUCCUGCAAUGAGACAAGUCAGGAAUUUUUUUUCUUCAUACAUUGUUUUAAAAAACUGUUCAUAGAAAUUAGGCCUGAAUUGAGGCUAAAAGGCACAAAAUAAAUAAGCCUAUGUGUUCCUAUGUUGUAUUUGGUGGAACUUGAAAUUUUAUUCUUUUAUUUUUUGAAGUAUAUAUUGUUGAA